AUGCCGGAUCCCGCUCAACCCUCCGCGCAAGCCGCCCGUCCCGUUCCUCACGCAGCGCGCCUCGUGCGCUCGCACGGGCUCUCGGCUCUCUCGCACGGUGUUGUAGCAGAUCGUGCAGCAGGAGGGGGGGAGGUGAAAGGAGAGGCGGUAGGAGAGAGGGAGUGGCGUGCGGCUAUAGCGGACUGCAUGCAGUGGGUGGAGGGUGAUGGGGAGGGGCUGUACGGCUCUGCAGGCAGCAGCAGCAGCAGCAGCAGCAACAGCAGAGGCAGCAGCGGCAGCAGCAACAGCAGUGGCAGCAGCGGCGUCGGUGGGAGUGGCAGCAGGGAUGAGGGUACGGAUGAGUCGUUGAUUGAGAGCGUGCGCAAGCUACCUACCAGUUUCCCGGCGCUCCUGCCGCGCUAUGUGGCCCUGCGAACGGCCAUCCAACCAUGGAGCGACCUGUUCUUUCGCAGGCACAGCCGGCGACCCACCAUGACAGACGUGCAUAGCACGCACAUGCCGUGGCUAGUGGAGCACUUCCAUCUCUUCCGCAUCGCCAUGCUUCGCCUGCGCCCCCACGUUUCCCCGUUGUGGUUUCCUCCCGCUGCUCUUCCCGCUGCUGCGGCCUCUGCUGCUCCCAGCCCGUCCUUUCUGCCGCCUCCUCCCUCGCUUGUGUCGUCCAACGUGGCUUCGUUUGAUGACGUGGACGAGUGGCUGUUUUCUGUGGGGGAAGAAGGAAGUGGAAAGGAGAGUGGCAGAGAGGAAGACAGGCAAUCCAGUGCUGUCUCCAGUAGUGUUCAUCUGCAGGUGCAAACAGCACGCGUGGAUGAUUCAGCAGAAAUGAAACAGGAUCAAGGCAGGGGAGGGGCGGAGAGGGGAGAGGAGGAAGGGGAAGAGGAGGAGAUGGGACAGGAGGAGGGUGAAAGCUCCACUGCUGCUGAACAGGGAAGUAACAUCGAUGCACAUCGUGAAGAUGUGGGUGGAUUGGGCUUGAAGCAGGAGACCGCGGUUGAGGGGGGUUUUGCAGGGUCGAGUAGGGUUAUGCGAGAAGUGCAGGAGGGGCAGGGAGGGGCACUGCAGCAAGGGGGGGAGGAUAUCGGUGAUAGAGGAGGUGAAUGGAAGAUUUAG